GCGCUGCCGGUGAGCCCGGCCGUGAGGGGCAGCGAGGGCGGGUGAACCGCAGCCGCAGCCGGAGGGACGCGGGUCCGCGGAGCGCAGGGCUCGGAGCGGCGGCGGCGCGGGCCGGCGGGCAGGGGAAGGAAGGCUGGCGCCCUGCGGCGGGCGCUCGGCGGGCAGGAGGCGGCUGCGCCGGUGGCUCCCCGCGUUCCUGGCGCUCGGCUGCUGGGCGCCCCACGCCAUGUUCUCGGUGCUCUCCUACGGCAGGCUGGUGGCGCGGGCGGUCCUGGGCGGCCUCUCGCAGACAGACUCCCGCGACUACAGCCUGGUGACGGCCAGCUGUGGCUUCGGCAAAGAUUUCCGCAAGGGCAUCCUCAAGAAAGGCAUGUGCUACGGGGAUGACGCCUGUUUCGUGGCGCGGCACCGCACCGCUGAUGUACUGGGGGUGGCAGAUGGUGUUGGUGGCUGGAGAGACUACGGGGUUGACCCUUCUCAGUUCUCAGGGACUCUCAUGCGCACGUGUGAACGUUUGGUGAAAGAAGGACGGUUUGUUCCAAGCAAUCCUGUUGGAAUUCUCACUGCAGGCUAUUGUGAGCUGCUGCAGAACAAAGUACCUUUGCUUGGGAGCAGCACAGCUUGUAUAGUAGUCCUGGACAGAUCAAGUCAUCGUUUACAUACAGCAAACUUGGGAGAUUCUGGAUUUUUGGUAGUCAGAGGUGGAGAAGUCGUCCAUCGAUCCGACGAGCAGCAGCAUUACUUCAACACUCCCUUCCAACUAUCAAUAGCUCCACCAGAAGCAGAAGGAGUUGUCUUAAGUGACAGCCCCGAGGCUGCUGACAGCACGUCCUUCGAUGUCCAGCUUGGGGACAUCAUCCUGACUGCCACUGAUGGACUGUUUGACAACAUGCCUGACUACAUGAUCCUGCAGGAGUUGAAAAAGCUGAAGAACUCCAACUACGAGAGCAUCCAGCAGACUGCACGGAGCAUUGCUGAGCAAGCCCACGAGCUGGCCUAUGACCCCACAUACAUGUCACCCUUUGCACAGUUCGCCUGUGACAACGGAUUGAAUGUCAGAGGGGGGAAGCCAGACGACAUCACCGUCCUUCUUUCCAUCGUAGCCGAGUACACAGACUGAGGUGCUGGCGCUGUCCGAGCUCCCCGGCUGCCCCGGCCGGUUUCCUGCUGGCAGGAUCAGGAUUGUUCCUUCCUUCCUUCCUUCCUUGCCAGCUGCUCCGGGCAGCCGGCCCUGAGCCCGGAGCCUGGCCCGAGACACGGCUGAGGCCCUUGCUAAGAACCACUCGUAGUCCACUGGUCUUGCUCUGCCAGCCAGAGAUGGAGAAGCUCAAGGCUUGGAGCUUGUCUUUGAGAGCUUAGUCCUUGUCCGGAACAGGGGAGGAUCCAUCCCACAGCGUUGCUGCGUUGGAGAUGUGACUUGCGAGGAGUAGAGUUGGUUGAUCACCUUUCAGACUAGAUCAGUAGGUAACACCUCUGCACGAGGGCAUAUUCUUCUAUUUCCUAGGAACGUUCGCUGUUGUUGAGGGUGUGUUACAGACCCAGUUCCAUAAAGCAUAGUCUUGUUCCAGUGAUAGCCGAGGUUUCGUGUUUCUGAGCUCCGGUUUUCAGGAGAUUGAUAACUGCUGUAAACAUUCUGCUCUUGCCAUCCAUGGUGUCAGCCUUAGGAGCCUUUUCUAGUACGAGAUUUCAAACAAACCUAGUUCAAGCUAUAUGGAUGCAAAUGUGUUUUGUGAUUUCAGGUGCUUAACUGUGAUCUUAAAAAGUUCUGCAGAUCAUUCGUCCAUAAUGGGCCUGGUUCUGGAUGUAUUGGCUGUGGAUUAUUAUUUUUUUUAAAAACAAAAAUUCUAGCUCAGUCUCAAACAGCCGAGCUGGCCACAGUUGAGGUCUUUCAGUGUUUGAACCCAUCUCAGUGUGGGAUGAUGGUAAAUGCUACGGUGGGAGGUUGCACAGAACAGCUCAUCCUCAACUCCGAGCGUCUUCACUUUGGGUAGAUAAUUCUGUUGUUGAUACAAAACAUAAUUUGUGUUAAUAAUUGCCACUCUUGCUUGUAGAACACAAUAUGCUGCACCAGUUUAAGCCCAGUUGAUCCUUUCUGACUCAAGCAGGCACCUCUUCGCUUCUGCUGCGGCGGCGGCAGCGAGUACGAAAAUGGAAACUUAAUGAAUAAUCAGCAAAGCUUACAUUUCAUUUUAACUAAAGUUUAGGGGUUUCAAUGAUCCUUAAUGAUGUUUACAGUUAUCUAACAGCCACUUUGCAAUAUGACAUUUCCUUUUCAAUAACAGUAGCUCACGUUUGUCCCCCCCUUUUCCAGUCAGCUUUCCUUUUCCUUUCCUGAUGCUCAUAUGAAAGCUGAGAGCUGUAAAGAUAUAUAUAUUUUGGGUCAGUUUUUCAUUAACUUUUUUGCUGGUAGAGAAGUAUGUAGAAAUAAAUUAAAGCCAUGUUUUUAUAUAUAUAAAAAGUCGGGUAAUGUUGCUGUUUAGGUGAGUGCAGUUAAACUUGGUCAGUAAGGAAUCUUACCUGCUCUCAAGAGGAGAUUUUUACUACCUGGUUUAUUGUAUUAAAACUGUUUAAGUUUGAGGUUACCUCAACUUGUUUAAAGAAUUUUUGUGGACUUGUACUGUAUAUUUGCGUAACUAUGUCAAGCUUUUAUUUAAGGUCAUUUAACAUGUACCAUGUACAUGUCAUUUUACUAUAUUUCAGUGCAUCAUGCUUGUAACAGGCAUUUCAUUUAUAAUAAGUGAUUAAUUUGGGAGCUCUUCAGUAAUUUAUCUGCUAUUCCUCAAUUGGCAUAAUGUUAGAUAUCUACUUUAAAUCACCUUGUAAUUACUCGUCAAAAUGCCUUAACUACCCUAACUUGACCAAAAUAGGAUUUUGGUGAGGGUAUGGGGAGGAUUAUAUUAAUGAAGAAAAAUUAAUUAGUUUUGUGACACACGAACAGUGAGUGGUGGAGAACUUUGCACAACCUGUCAGUCCUUGUUGUUUUUAACCUGAACAAGCUGUCUCUGGCUGUCUUGGAGGAAUGUAUUCACAUGCAGAACAGGGCUUUGUUUCUUGUUUGGGAGGGGCCUUUCUCUCCCGACUCUGGGUGUCUUUACAUUUAUCCAGUAUUUACUCACACGCUUCUGGAUUAGAGCAGGUUUGAUCAAUUCUUCUUUCCCUUUGCCCUUCCCUUCAGGUGACGCCCCCGUGGCUCCGGGUUGUUCUCUGCUCUCAGCACAGUCCCCAGCCCUCCCUCUUCCCCUUCCCGGCUUUCCAGACCUUUCCAUGGGGACGUGUGUGGGUCAGAGGGUCUGGAAUUCCCGAAUUCCUGCUCCCCCCGGGGCCGGGCGUGCUCCCUGUCUGUAUCCACAAAGCCGUUUGCCUCAUAUCACACCAUGAGCUGGUUUUUUUUGUUUGUUUUUUUUUUCUUAAAUAAAGAACAAAUUUGGGUUUUGAUUUACAAAUCAUGAGUUUUUCCCUCACCGGGCACACCAAAGACCAGUAAAGCUUUUAGCUUUUCCAUCUGUUUAUAAAGCAAUACUGUAUUAUAAAGAAUUGAUAUUUUUAUCACA